AGCCAUUCCCAGUUCUGGGAAGGAGAAUGUGGAGAAAAGCCCACCUGUAGAAGGCGGAUGGGCCCCCCUGCGGAGGGAAGGCAUCGCGUAGCCUCACAAAGAUCCCCCUGGAUUCUGAGCAGAUGAGGCAGGAGACAGGGAGGGCAUCAAGGAGGCUGUGAGAGAGGAGGUCAGGCAGCAGGCAGAGAGGAGGCGGCAGGGAAGAUUGCAGCAGGCAAAGCCCGAGGAGAUGGGGGCUGGCUGGAGAGGACAUCACAGCUUCUGGUGGGGGCCUGGGAGGCAGAUGUGCACUACUAGCCUGUUCCCGGUCCCUUGGCUGACCAAUGGCAACCCUCUAGGUGAGCCAGGCCCGUGCAGGAUCCUCUAGCUGACCUUAGCAUCCCAGAAGGGCCGCCCCAUACCCCACACCGAAAGCCGUCAUUUGGGGUAAGGCAUGAGAAAUCUUGCUUCUCCCCACAGAAUCAUGCUUCCCAGGCUGUGGUGCCCUCCUGAAAUCCCACGGACCCAGAGAGCUGGGCUCCGGGGAGAAGAGAACACCGCUAAUGCUAAUAAGCGACAGAGCCCCACCUCAGCGAAGGCUUAAGGCGGCUCCCAAAGAGCUAUUAGUCACUGGCCUUAAAUAGCAGGUUAAUCCCCUCCCCUGACCUGGCAGGCAGCAGACACUGCCACAGAGGCUUGGGAAUGGCCCGAGUUCCGGCUGCUGUCCCAACAAGGUCCAGCGCCUCUUCCUUCCCAUCCCAUCCCAUCCCAUCCUUGCCCUCAGGUCCGGUGGGAGUAAAGCGGAAGGUGUCCCGUGCCCUGUGGUCUUAGACGGACCUGCACAGAGCACCCGCGGUGUUGCCCCUUUACGGGAAAGGCCAGAUCACCUUCUGCAGAACCACCUUUAGGAUUUCAGAGCCCUGCGCUUCGGGAGAUUUCCCCGGGGACAUUUUGCCAGGACCCAGGUUGUGAGGACAGAAAGGAGUGGAAAGAGUCUUCCAAGACCCAGCCGCCUCUCAGGCUUGGGCGGGAGCUCAGAGUGGCCUUACGGCUUUCACUCCAGGCCUGGGGACCACCAGUCACAGGAUGGCAGCACCAGGGGCCUGCUUGAACGCCCCAAGGCUUCAGUCAAUCCUAUUUCUAUGAAAAAAUGAUGGAGGGCGUGCCUGAAGGGUCCCUAGCAUCCCCCACGGAGGGCACCCUUUCCCCAGCCCUGGCCGGGGCUGCGAGGGCCCUGCAGCGAAGGGGCUGGGGCUACCCCACCACCGGCCUGCUGGGGGCCCGGCUGUCGGCGAAGGCCUCCCAGGCAGGGGAGGAGGGCCCAGGAAGACACAGCAGCGGCCCAAGGCCGCGCGAGGGAGCCCAGAGACGCCACCCCGGGGGGCAGCGCUUUGCCAAGUCCCUCCGCAGGCUCUCAGUCUCCCUCCUGGGCCCCAGCUGGAUCCCCGACCAUCCCAUUCCCUCCCCGCCCUCUGCCUAUCUGCCACCACAAAUCGGGGCGCAACACUCCACUGAACUGAGCGGCCGCCAGGGCGCGGGCGGGUGUCGCCGGGAAAGUCGGCUGGAGAGGGCGUAUCAGUACGGGAGUCCCAGGAACUCCCGAGCGGCAGGCGCGCCCAAGUCAGGCAGUUCACUGGCCUCAUUGCACAGAUGGGAAAAGAAAGGCCCUGCACAGCGGAUUCCUUCGUCGUGUAUUGGCAAGUAUCACAUUAUUAGCGCGCUGUGAGUGCGAGGCUGUGGGGAGCAGGCCCAAGCAUGCACUGCUGGAGAGAAAACCUGCAUGAUCUUUGGUUUGGUGAUGAGGUUGAAGUACAAUACCGCAAGCAGCGUUCCUGAAGGAAAAAUAAAUAUAAAUUGCAUUUCAUCAAAGUUUGUUCUGUGAGCUCUUUGCUCUGUGAAAGCCACCAAGAGAAUUAAAAGACAAGCCGCACACUGGGAGAAAAUAUUUUUAAAUCACAUGUCUAAUAAAGAGCACAUAUCCAGAAUAAAGAAAGAAUUCUUAAAAC